UACACAAGUCGAUCUUCCCAAUUCCCGUGUUUCCCUCUCCUUCUCUUUCUCCAUUGCCGCAUAUUGCUAUUUUUUGCUAAGCUCUCUUUAAAAAAUAAUAAAUAAUAAAUAAUAAAUAAAAUUAAAAUAAAAACAAGAGAAAUAUAUAAAGUUGAUAAACGGCUAUAUUUUGACUGUUGCUACAAAAAUCUCAAGCCCCCUCAAUUCGGUUGGGGGCCCCAAAUUUUUAUUUUUCUUCUUUUCAUUUUCGUUCAAUAAUUGUGACUGUGUGUCGGUUUCGGUUCGAUUAAUUGAUCAGAAAUCAAACUGAUUUUUUUUUUAAUUAAUUAUUGUGUGUGUGUGUGAUGACGUACAAUGCCGCCGGCGACGAGGAUCUUAGGAUGGAUCGGGAAUACGUGAAAUUGGAGGGCGGUGGUGGUGAUGGUUCGCCCCCCUGCGCCGCCGCCGUGGCGUCUCGUUAUUGCGGAGAUGGUUGUGGAUUAGGGCGGCGAUCGCUGUGGUGGUGGGGGAAGCUUUUGCUGCUUGUCGUAUUUGCUGGGUUGUUCGCCGCCGUUAUCUUCAAAUGGGUCGGACCUUUUCUCAUGGAUAAGGGAAUAAUCCCGAUUAUAAAUUGGGAGAUGAAAACAUUCAGCAAAACAAAGCUAGCACUUGUAGUCUUCGGUUCUCUAACAAUAUUUCCGUCCCUCCUUUUACCUUCUUCGCCCUCCAUGUGGGUUGCUGGGAUGACUUUCGGAUAUGUGUACGGGUUUUUGUUGGUUAUCGGAGCAGUUGCUAUUGGUGUUUCUGUUCCGUAUUUCAUUGGUUCGCUUUUCUAUCAUAAAAUCCAGGUUUGGUUAGAUAGAUAUCCGAAGAAAGCGUCUGUAAUAAGAUUAGCAGGUGAAGGAGACUCGUUUAAUCAGUUCCGAGCUGUCGCAUUCAUUAGGAUAUCUCCCUUCCCUUACAUCGUAUAUAACUACUGUGCGGUAGCUACGGAUGUCAAGUAUGGUCCUUAUUUGCUGGGGACUUUGGUCGGAAUGGUGCCAGAAAUAUUUGUUACACUUUAUACUGGCAUCUUCAUAAAAACGUUGGCCGAUGCUUCAUACGAUCAGCAGUCUUUGACAGCUUCUCAGAUAAUAUUAAACCUAGCUGGCUUUGGCAUUACUGCUACAACAACAGCAAUUGUCACGUUGUACGCCAAACGAAGGUUGAAGGAACUGAAGAUGGAAGAGGCAGUAGUGUUAAAGUGAUCGCUUGUUUUUCGUAUCGAGCUUCGAAUGGCAAUUAUGAGUUUUUAAGUAUAUACACAUAACGUUGAAAUUAUAUCAAGACUCCAUUCUUUCAGAGUCUUAAUCUGCACGAGGGGGCAAAAGGUAAUCAUAACAGCUAAUCUACAUUAAUGUUGCAAGAGAAAGUGUAAUGAUCAAUUUGAUGUUUUUGCCAUUUCUUUAUUCAUGUGAGCAUAUUUUGUAUAGGAAUGCGAUCUCGGGUUUUUAUUUGUCGGGAAAAUUCCAGACUGCCAAUUUUACUUUAGUAU